AUGGGUUCAUUAAGAUCCUUGGCAUAUAUUUCUUCUGGAGGAUUAAUUUUAUGGGCAGGAACGAAUGUUAUUACACUAAAUGAAAAAUUUUACAAGAAAUAUGUUAUUCCUGCAUUCUUUGCUUGUGAUCCAGAAACAGCUCAUGACCUUUUAACAUUUUCUGGAAAAUAUGGUCUUAUACCAAAAUCAUUUUAUAAAGAUCCACCAAUAUUGAAAACCAAGUUAUGGGAUUUGAAUUUCACCAACCCAAUAGGCCUUGCAGCUGGGUUGGAUAAACAAGGCGAACUGACAAAAGCAUUAAAAAAUGUAGGGUUUGGUUUUGUAGAGGUUGGUUCAAUAACACCUCUACCUCAACCAGGCAAUGAAAAACCAAGAGUGUUUAGACUUUUAGAUAGUCAAGCUAUUAUUAAUAGAUAUGGAUUCAACAGCGAUGGCCAUAGUGUUGUGUUUGAAAGACUUAAUAAACUUAAGCAAAACCAAAACUUUGAAGGUAUUGUUGGUGUUAAUUUGGGAAAAAAUAAAGAGUCCGAAGAUGCAGUUGCUGACUAUGUGAAAGGUAUUGAAAAGUUUGCUCCAGUUGCUGAUUAUUUUGUUAUAAAUAUAUCCAGUCCUAAUACUCCGGGUCUGAGAAAUUUGCAAAAGAAAAAGGAUCUCAUGAGUCUACUUUCAAACGUUAUAGAAGCGAGGAACCAAGUGUGUGGAGAACGCAAAAUUCCAUUAUUAUUAAAAAUAGCUCCUGAUCUUACUGAUCAAGAUAAAAAAGAUAUUGCUGAUGUAAUUAAUGAUAAAAAGUGUAAAGUUGAUGGAUUAAUAAUCUCAAAUACAACUGUUAAACGAAUUGGUGUUUACGACAAUCCCAAUGCACUAGAACCUGGUGGUCUGAGUGGGAAACCUUUACAAGAAGAAUCUACAAAACUAAUUUUGGAAUUUUAUAAAUUGACAAAUGGUAAAAUUCCUAUUAUUGGAGUUGGAGGAGUAUUUAAUGGUCAAGAUGCAUAUGCCAAAAUUAAAGCAGGCGCUUCACUUAUACAAAUUUAUACAUCUUUUAUAUAUAAUGGCCCAUCGGUUAUAGUUAAUAUAAAAAAGGAACUAGAACAUCUUCUUAGGGAAGAUAAAUACAACUCAAUAUCUGAUGCAAUUGGUGCAGAUGCCAAACUGUAA